UUUCAAUCGAGGCCUCACUAAGACGUAAUGAAGAUCCCGGAUGAAGUAUGGCGACAGGUCGAUUGCUGAAUGCAUUUCUAGUGGUGUUCCAACGUUUCUAAAAGAAAGAUCAAGACAGAAAUUCUGCUUUUAUGUUGCUACGCUGUUGUCAGAAGACGCCAAUCUGGCAAUUUUGAUGUCUGUGCGAAAGUACAAUCGGCAGUCUGAAGGGCACUACGAAAAGAUAUGCCUAACAAAUGAGAAUGAUAAGUAUCUUUCAAAAUCACAUCAAAAAGCCGUGUACAAUGACUUGGUGUCAUCAAAGGAAAGAAGCUCUCCUCAUGGCAACUAUAAUGGCCCUGCAAGCAAAAGACUCGAUUAUACUUCAACCCAAAACAAAAACAGCUCAAAGUCGUCCCAUUCAAGUAGUGGACAGAAGCAAAGAGACCAUGAUAGUCCUUCUGCUGAUAGACACAGUAGCAGUUCUCGUUAUGGAAAAAGUUAUGAGAACAAUACUAGUGACGAUUUUGAAUGGACCAUGCACACAAGCUCAUCAGGCAAGACUUAUUAUUACAACAAAAGAACAGAGUGGUCCCAGUGGGAAAAGCCAAAGGAAUGGAUUGAAAGGGAGAACAAGGCGAGAGUUAGAGACAGAGAUAGGGAAAGGGAGCGAGAGAGGGAAAGAGACAAGAGAGUUCGGGAAAUUAGCAACAGGGAGUCAAGGGAGCAGUCCAAGUAUGCCAAGCUCUCCCCUUUCAAGAAAGAAUACUCACAGGGUAGAGGAAACAGCCAAGCCCGAAGAAAUCAUGAAUACGCAGAAAUUGACCGGCCUAAAAUUGUGCAGACUCAUGGCUCUAGUACUUCUGCUGUCAGCACAACGUCUAGCAGGUCAAGUGGCUGCCCCACACCGGACACAGUCGGAAGCCCUAUUGGCAGUGUUCAAGAUAUAUCACCCCCAAGCACCCCAUCGAACAGUGGAAUCUCUUCCCUUUCCCCAUACGUCAAUUCAUCAACAGGAAACAAUGUGACGUCACCUCACGUUUUUACCAGUUCCCCUGGCGUUUCAUCAGUAGCACAAAUCAGUUCACAAUCUUCGCAUCUCUCAUCAUCAGCCCAUGCCAACUUUUAUCGUUACUCCUCAAGCGAACCGAAAGUGCAGCCAGUAACACCCAAUUCGCAAUCAUCGGCCAACCCGAUUUCAAGCAGCUAUGGCUUGUCUCAGACAUCUGUUGAAAGUAGUGUCAUGACGUCACCUACACCAACCCUCCACCCGUUACAACAAGCGAUGCUUCUUCAGCAACAGCAACAACAGCAGCAACAGCAAAUAGCGCAAUCGAUUUAUGGAACAGCAAACAUUGUGUCAGCGUCAUAUAGCCAGGCAACCACACCUAUUGAGCGGAAGUAUCGGCCUGAUACGGGCCCCCCUCCGCCUCCUCCACAACAACACGAGCAAGUUGCCACUCCGCCGCCGCCGCCACCACCGAAUCAGUAUGAGGCUAGCGCAGUGACGCCAGGGGGUCAAACCACUUCGCGAUAUCGUGAUCCAAGAUCAGAUCCGCGAUCGGGUAGUAAGUCUGCUUAUGGACCUUCUUACGAAUCGUCUUCGGCAGCUAGCGGUUUGGAUAACGGUGGUAAUUGGGAAAGCUCUCGAAGGAACACAAAAACACCUGAGACACCACUUCCGGACUUACCAGAUAUGACGCCAUAUGCCCAGUAUUGUUGUAGGAAGGCAUACGAGGAUGUGGCCGGAUGGAUGGGCAGCAUUCUUGAACGUCAGGCCGCUGUUGCCUGCAUCGAAGUAGAUUCCUGUCUUGCGUUAGCAGGGGAAAGAUCAAAAGCGAAUCUUAUGAUUUCAAAUAUGGUAUCGUUAAUUUCUGAAUCAAGGCUUCAAGUGUCCAAUUCAAGGGUCAGCUGCGUCCGGGAGGUGCUGGAUCAAGUCGAGGGUCUUCAGGAUUCUAGGAUAGAGCGUCAGGAUUCGAGGUUGGAGCGACAAGAUUUGAAAGCGAAAUCCGACCGAACGGAUUCCAAGUCGGAUCGUAUGGGGACGGAUCAAAGGACGGAGAAAAGGGAUGUGAAAACUGAUCGGAGGGAAGUGCAAUCUUAGGUAAUAUAGACUGUUAAGCAUUGGAAAUAAAGUGCCUUUUUACAAAUUACGCAUUGGCACUUUGAUAUGGCUGGGUUCUUUUGUGGUCCUUGUUCCUGAUAUUUCCUUUCGCUGCGUAAUCGUGACACUUGGCUGGCAGUCAAGUUGAUGGUGUUUCGUUGGCAUUGGACCACAGAAAGUUUUUUUAUUGGCUUACAUUGAAAGCUUUUUUUAUUCCUUAUUGUUAUUAGACGAUGUCUUUGUAAUUCCGUCACCUGUCCCUUGUAUCUGAUUGAGCCGGAUUUAGGCGAUUGCUGUUGUUAAGCAAAACUGGUUAUUAGAGCCUUGUAAUCAUCACAGCCUUUUUUCGGUUCACAUUCUGAGAAUCCUCUAUGAUGGCAAUAAUGGUAAUUAGAGGUUGUUUUUAUUGACAAAAACCUUGCUCUGCAUGAUAGUACUUAAGUAAUCCCGUAUAUUAUCAAAGUAACAAUUUCUUAAAAGGGACGUACUCUCCAUCGGUUUGGCACAUUCCUAAGCCCAGCCCAUUGUAAAUAGACAGCAUACUCGCUUUUUGUCUUUUCAGCUAUCCUCAAACAUGUACAAUCAUCUUUCUCUAUUGCAAAUCGUUUGCCCAAACUUCAUGCUACGGGGUUUAGUUUAAUUAAGUGACAAAUGUUUAGAAUAGUCAUCGCGUAAGUAAAAUGUUUAAACCCAUUUUACGAACCUGUUUGUUUUUGUUCCAAAACAUAUCAAUUCAUUGGCGUCAUAAAUAGAUACAAAACAUUAUCGUUAACGUAUCUCAUUCGCUAUGCCGAUUCUUAAAUGUUAGUUACAUUUCUUUGUUCAAACUUUCGAUCUGUAGUAUUUUAAAUAUGGAAAUAGUUGAGCAUGGGUGAUCGGCUGGUGGCCCGUUUAAUUUUGUGUCCUUCUUUUUCCUUUUUGGUAAAAUCACCUAUUAUUACAUGAAUCGUCUCUAAUUGCCUCUGUGCCCAUUUCAACUUCCCCUUCUGUAUUCCCAUAUGGAAUUAUUCUAAUUUCUCUAAUUUGCUAUAAAGCGCAUACAAUGGUUCACAAGCUAAAUAAUUAAGUUCUAUGUAAUGAAUAAAGUUGUAUCAAUGAAUGUUAAACUCAUAGAAAAUGCUUGGUCCCUAGCUUAUGCCAUUACCAGUGAUCAUAAAUGAUAUAAGGCUCAAUAAUGAUUAUCUGAUUUCAAGGCAAUCGACAAACACUUAAGGGGCUUGAGCCAUUUUCAAUCAAAAAUUGACCAAUCAGUGAGCGUGACUCCACUCCCAUGAUCAUCGAUUGGCUAAUAUUGAUUAACGGAUGGCUUAACCCACUUUUCUUUUUAUCGAUUGCCUUUAAUGUUUAACAUUGAUCGCUGCUUUCAAAUCUAAGACUUAAGCACAGCACUUUCAAUAUUCCUUAUUCCACAGUUUCGCCCGCAGCUUUCAUAAAUUUUGAAAUAUCUGUUACCUUAGAAAGCGUCAAAUGUCUUUUCGAAAUAUUUGCUGGUCAGUAUUAUUGAUCAUUCUAGUUCUCUUAAAGCAGCCUGUUAGUCAUUUUAUUUGCUCUUCGUUGUUCUUUCUUGCCCUUUAUGAGUAUAAGAAGCGAGAGAAAGAUAUUCCUUCUAUCCCGACCGGCACUUAUUUCUUAACAAUUUGUAAUCACUUAAACUGCUGAGGAUACCCAAGAAAGUCUGUCUGCUAUUUGCUAUGAAUUUCGCCAUUAAUGAUAUGAAAUUACUUGUUUCUACUCUUACCCCACUGUUCCCUAAAUUGUUAGAACUAUUCAUUGAAAGCCUCAGAAAGAUGCGUCCUUUUCUCCUUCCUUAAUUUGGACUGUGCUACAUUACCAUCCUGAAAGUUUUUGUUGCCCUUCCAAGCGCAAUUUCAUCGCAUUUAGCCCGCCCUUCCUUUGUUAACGACAUACCCGAACCAGGGCUUCUGUGCUGCUCUCCCUUCUACGCGUCCUUGGUUCUUUCAAAUCAAACCUUUCGGUACCUGUUUCCGUGCAACUAGUUAGGCCCCAGUCGUUUACGUCACAUUUCAGCUGCACCGAACUCUAAGUCACUUUGUUCCAGUUUAACGAUAUGUGAACAAAUUUGCCAUCUGCCGUUGGGUCUACUUUUGGAUAUGCAGAUACGCCUGUUAUUGUCAUUACGGCCAUCAAGAUUCCUCUGUAUAUUAUGGUAUAGUGUAAUUUAGCUUUCUGUGCAAUUUUAUAAAAGGAAUAAUCUUGAAAAG